GCCCUUUGUUUGUUGUCAAAUGUCUCGCUCAUCUGUCACUCACUAAAGUUGUAGUCUCAUUUUGUUUGUGGUCUAUUGAUCGAGUUAUUUGAACACCAUGAUCGGACAAUUCUAAGUCGUGUCGUUCAUUUAGAGCCUAAGUUUUAUUGACAGUCAGCAGCAUUUUGAUAUUUUGGACCCACAUAAACAUAACCUAUAUCACCUGACAGUUUUCUUCAAAACAUUGUGUGUUUAGAAGAUCUCUCAGGAUUUUACUUGCUUUCAGUUUCACAAUGAACGAUUUACACAUACUUAAUUUUCGUCUAGUAGACUCUAUUCCCACAGAGAAACCCCAUUAUGUGUACACAGUUGAUGUGCAAGUCGGUGGGCGACAUCGUUGUGUUGAAAAACGUUACAGUCAGUUCCACAGUUUACACAGACAGCUGAGGAAAGAGUUUCAGACACCAUCAUUCCCACCCAAAAGAGUUCGAUGCUCUCAACCUCGUUUGCUAGAGCAAAGACGGCGAGGUCUUGAGUUGUACUUAAGGACCUUAUUUCAACAGUCAGCCUCCUGUCAAUCUCAAAUUUUAACAUUCUUAGGGCUUCCUAAAGCCUCAACUCAUGGGAUGUGUACCGGCAACAUGGAUGGUUCAAUGGGCCACCAACCUGUGUUCAUCUAUAGGAAAGAUCCAUAUAUGCAACCCGAUAGUAAAUCAGACCUGCCCGAUGUAGUUGUAAGUGGUAUGCUAAUGGCAUUGUAUGACUUGCCAAGCCUGUAAUCUAUUUUCUAUUUAUUCACCAGAAUUCCAGUUGAUUUACAAUGUACAUAUUAACAAAUGAUAUAAUGGAUGUAAAUACUGUUUAUUAAAUUCAUUUUCUAAAUAAAAUACAAAUAUGAAAAAGAAAAAAAAA